AUUCCAACUUGAAUUUUUCCAUAAACUAUAUUUCAAAACAGAAUAUUCGUACAUUUUUCUCUGAUUCCCGGGAAUGCAAAACGAGAUUUUCAUAAUUGGAGAUUGUUUCGACUGUAGAAGAAGAUAAGUCGACUUAAUUCAAGUGGGAAUUAAGUAGCAGCAGGCAGCAAUGUCGACGGAGAAGCUGAUAGAAAACGCGCCGGCGUCGGCAAUGUCAUCGACGCAUUCGCUCCGAUACUACACCGAACCAGCGACUAUCUUCGAGGAAUUGCCGAAGGCGACUAUUAUUGGCGUGUCAAGACCAGAUGCUAGUGAUAUAAGCCCUUUGCUUUUGUCAUACACCAUUGAAGUCCAGUACAAGCAGUUCAAGUGGUGCUUAUUGAAGAAGGCCUCACAAGUUAUUUAUUUACACUUUGCAUUGAGGAAACGUGCAAUAAUUGAGGAACUCCACGAGAAACAAGAGCAGGUUAAAGAAUGGCUUCACCACAUUGGUAUAGGAGAACAAACAGCUGUCACACAUGACGAUGAUGAAGAUGAUGGAGCUGUGCCAAUUUACAAUGAAGAUAGUAUUAGAAAUAGGUGUGUUCCAUCCCGGGCUGCUUUAUCAAUCAUUCGUCCAUCAUUGGGCAAGCAGCAAACCAUCACAAGAAAAGCAAAAAUUGCUAUGCAAGAGUAUCUGAAUCAUUUUUUGGGGAAUUUGGACAUUGUAAAUUCUCAAGAGGUGUGCAAGUUUUUGGAGGUCUCCAAGUUAUCAUUCUUACCAGAAUAUGGCCCAAAGCUCAAAGAAAAUUAUGUAAUGGUUAAGCAUUUGUCGACAGUUCCCAUAGAGGAGGAGAAUGUGGGAUGCUGCAUAUGUUAUUGGUCUGGCUGUUGCAAGAGUAAGUGGCAAAAGGUUUGGGCUGUUCUAAAACCCGGUUACUUGGCCUUACUAAACAAUCCUUUUGAUGCAAAACUACUGGACAUAAUUGUUUUCGAUGUGCUUCCAACUUCUAAUGGGAAGGGAGAGAAUGCGGUAUACUUAGCAAAGGAAAUAAGAGAAAGAAAUCCUUUGCAAUAUGCAUUUAAGGUUUGUUGUGGGAACCGUAGCAUAAGGAUUAGAACCACGAGCCACGCCAAAGUCGAUGAUUGGAUAUGUGCAAUUAAUGAUGCUGUUCUUAAACCUCCAGAAGGUUGGUGUAACCCUCACCGCUUUGGUUCUUUUGCUCCAUUGAGGGGGACAACUGAUGAUGCCACUCAAGCUCAGUGGUUUGUAGAUGGGAAAGCAGCAUUUGAGGCAAUUGCUUCUUCAAUAGAGAGUGCAAAAUCUGAGAUCUAUAUAACAGGAUGGUGGCUUUGCCCAGAGCUGUACUUGAGACGUCCAUUUCACAGCCAUAGCUCCUCUAGACUUGAUGCAUUACUUGAGACUAAAGCUAAAGAAGGGGUCCAGAUUUAUGUUCUUCUCUACAAGGAGGUUUCUAUUGCUUUAAAGAUUAACAGUUUAUACAGCAAAAGAAGGCUUCUGAAAAUUCACAAAAAUGUUAAAGUCCUGCGAUAUCCGAACCAUUUCUCCGCAGGGAUCUACUUGUGGUCGCACCAUGAAAAGCUUGUCAUUGUGGACAACAAGAUUUGUUACAUUGGAGGUUUAGAUUUAUGUUUUGGCCGGUAUGACACAAGAGAACACAAGUUGGCUGAUCAGCCUCCUUUUAUUUGGCCUGGGAAGGACUACUAUAACCCAAGAGAGUCCGAGCCAAAUUCUUGGGAAGAUGCCAUGAAAGAUGAACUAGAGCGGGAGAAAUAUCCCCGAAUGCCAUGGCAUGAUGUCCACUGUGCUCUUUGGGGACCACCUUGCCGAGAUGUUGCCAGACACUUCGUUCAACGCUGGAAUCAUGCUAAGAGAAGCAUAGCUCCAAAUGAACAGACUAUACCACUGCUUAUGCCACAGCAUCAUAUGGUUCUUCCACACUACAUGGGCAGAAGCAGAGAAAUUGAGAUCGAAAGUAAGACAGCUGAGCUGCACUCGAAAGAUCUGAAUGGACAAGAUCCAUUUCCGUCUGGGUCACCACCGGAAGAUAUCCCGUUACUUUUACCCCAGGAAGCUGAUUGUGAUGAGGUUUCCUGUGCUGACGAGAAGUUGACUGGUUUGGUCUCUAGUCUAUUACUUAAGUUUGAUUUAUUUUUAGUUAACACUUUGUCAUUAGGUGAAGAUAUAUUUUCAGAUGAUCUUCAUCACCUAGAUCUCCAAAGCCAAAUGAAAACUCAUCAACUAGAUAAUUGGUGGGAGACACAAGAGCGAGUAGCAGAAGUGGUUUCAACUGAUAAAAUAGAAGAUGUUGGUCCUCGAACCCGUUGUCACUGUCAGGUCAUUAGAAGUGUCAGCCAGUGGUCUGCUGGAACAACUCAAACUGAAGACAGCAUUCACAAAGCUUAUUGUUCUCUUAUUGAGGAAGCAGAACAUUUUGUGUUCAUUGAGAAUCAAUUUUUCAUCUCGGGUCUUGCUGGAGAUGAAAUUAUACACAAUCGUGUAGCUGAUGCUAUAUACAGACGUAUAAGGCGAGCACACAAAGAAAAUAAGUGUUUCAGGGUUAUAAUAGUCAUCCCACUAUUACCUGGUUUUCAGGGAGGCCUGGAUGACAUUGGGGCAGCAACUGUGAGAGCCUUAAUGCACUGGCAAUAUCGGACUAUUAGCAAGGGCAACACUUCAAUACUGCACAAUCUUAAUGCUCUAUUGGGUCCAAAAACUUGUGAUUACAUAUCUUUUUAUGGUCUCAGGACGUAUGGCCAGCUUUCUGAUGUUGGCCCUAUGUUCACGAGUCAGGUCUAUGUACACAGUAAAGUGAUGAUAGUGGAUGACCGUAUAGCCAUGGUUGGAUCAUCUAAUGUAAAUGACAGAAGUUUGCUUGGAUCUCGCGACUCUGAGAUUUGUGUAGUCAUUGAAGAUAAAGAUUUCAUUGAUUCAACCAUGGACGGAAAACCUUGGAAGGCUGGAAAGUUUGCUUUUAGCCUUCGGGUUUCUUUGUGGGCAGAGCACCUUGGUUUACGUGCUGAAGAGACUUGUCAAAUCAAAGAUCCCGUGGCUGACUCUACUUACAAAGAUAUAUGGAUGGCAACUGCAGAGUCAAAUGCCACGAUUUACCAAAAUGUAUUCUCUUGCAUCCCAAAUGAUCUUAUUCACUCAAGGUCUGAACUUCGACAAUGUAUGAACCAUUGGAAAGAUAAGCUUGGGCACACAACUAUUGAUCUAGGUGUUGCUCCUGAUAAACUUGAAUCUCACGUUGAUGGGGAAGUAGAUGUAGUAAAUACGAAAGAGAAGUUAAAGUCAGUCAAAGGACAUCUUGUUACUUUUCCCUUGGAGUUCAUGCGCGAGGAAGAUUUGAGACCGGUGUUUAUGGAGACCGAGUUUUAUACUUCUCCUCAAGUGUUCCAUUAAGCUACAAAUUAAGUUGUGAUAUGUAGAUAUGUAGGCUCUGUGUUUGAGAACGUGUACAUAUGUUCUUAUUAUGUAUAUAUAUUGGAAUGCAUUUUAGGACUGAAAUUUCUUGUGUUUCAAGAUACCAAACCGAUUUUCUUCCCCUGGGUAUUUUAGAAACCAACCUUAUUCUUUUAGGAA